GCCUGUGCUAUGAGGCGAAUGAAGUGCGAAAGUGUCUAAAAGCGGGUCAAUUGGAGAGCAGUGUUAUGUCACGCGAGGCGUCGCUCACUAUUAGCCGCAUUGAGGACGCGAUCCGCAAACAGAUCGGUGUUGUCUAUGACGUCGACCCACCCCUACAACUCAAUCAAUUUUGUAUCCAUACAGGUGAAAAAGGGAGUGGCAGUUAUGGCAAAGUGGUUAAAGCGCGACACAAACAAACCAACACAAUUCACGCCAUCAAGAUAUUCCAUGAAGUGAUUACCAAUGAAAACAUGGAAUCGUUUGAAACAGAGUAUCGACUUUUGUCACAAAUCAAUAGUGAUUUUGUGGUUGAGUUCCGGAGCGCAUGGAUUGAGGGCCAGAGGCUAUACAUUCAGACAGAGUUUUGCGACUAUAAUCUGAAGAAAAUAAUUGACGCAAAAAAUAGAUACUUUAGCGCUUCUUCCGCCGCAUCCAUUGGACAGACAAUUGAUAGAAGACUUUUAGCACUCAUUGAUUACUUCAUAGCUUAUGAAUUGUUUGAGGAGUUGACCAAAAGUCUAAACUAUUUGCAUUCCUUAAAGCCGCCUAUUAUGCACCGGGAUCUCAAACCUGAGAAUAUACUUGUAUUGCAUACAAUUGCCGCGUCUGGCCGUCAGUUCCUCAAGAUUGGAGACUUUGGUUACGCCAAACCAUACGUAUAUUUAGGCCAAUCGAAUAGUGUAGAUAAAGGAACUGUUAACUAUAUGGCACCGGAAGUUAGUCGCGGAAAGCAUUACGACACCAAAUCCGAUGUCUAUAAUCUGGGCCUCAUUUGCAUCGAAUUGUUUGGUUUAGAUGAGUUCCAG